AAACAUUGCAAAAUACAAAUAAUUGUAAAUCCAGCGACUGAAAUAAUCAAACCCUUGGGAACAACUGUGGUCAAAACUAAAGUUCACACUCAGGUCUGUUCUCUGAACUCUUCUCAAACGGUGGACUUUUUAUUUUAUUUUAAUUUUUAUGGCAUAACAAGAACAACAGCAUACAAAAAUGAGUAAUACAUUGCUUUUUCACAUCCAAUCAACAAAUCAGUAGAAAAAAAACAGGAAAAAUAAAUAAAAUACAGGGGAUACAAAUUACAAAAAAAAAAAAUCGGAAAAGAAAAGGAUUCCAAAAUUGCAUACAUCCUUAUUGCUUUUUAAUUUUUUUUGGUAUCUUUUCGGGUUUUGAUAUAAUGCUUAAGAUCAAUUUGGCACAUCGUUGGAUCAGUUUUGUUUGUGUAUGGUACUUCCCAUAUAUUAUCAUAUGAUAUUAGGCUAAUAAACAAUUUUUGCUCCUAAGUUUUGUUAUUAUCAUUGUAUAUCAAAAAAUGUCUUUACAAGAAAAAAUAAUUUGUAAUUUUGUGAGUUUAAAUAUAAAAAACAGGUGUUUAAUCAAUUCCUCCUCUAAUUAAUUCACAAAAAGUGCACGUAGAUUCCAUGUCUCUAAGAAAUAUAUAGCAACUUCUUUCACUGGAUAAAUUAAAUGUAUUAGUUUAUACUGUCAUUACCAUAAAGUUAACUUGAUGUCAAGUCUUCUCGACGUCCACACCGGCCAAGACGUGCCGCACUGCUUCUCGCCGCUUAUCGCCGCCGCCUCUUAUUGAAAAUGAAUGACUGCCCCGGCUACUUUGCUUUCGGUGUGAGAGGAAAGACCUCUUUUUGCGUUGACUCAUGCAAGAUGCAUCCAGAUGUCCAGCACGUCUAUACAACUGGAAUCAUCUCCCUACGGAAGGGGAAAAGGGAGGAGCAAACGUUUAAUCUACUAUAAAUACACCAGCUUCACUGACAGUCGAGCGGACUAAUGUGCUUGAGGGUUUCGUGCACAUGGCUCAGAUGGAGAUGGUCGAGUUUGGUGUGGAGCAAGGGCAGAUGCUACAGGUCCUGAUGCGACACUGCCAAACCAUGAAGCGGCAGGAGACUCGACUGCGCCUGGCCACUGCUCUGCUGCUCACCGCAUUCCUCGCGACGUCACUCUGGCUGCAGUUUCACUCCAACACCUCUACGGAUUCAUUUGCAGGUGCCCAUACAGAGGCUUUGAAAGCUAAAAAAACACAUAAGAGGCAGUCCGUUCAUCUAGAACCUAAAAGCAAGUCUAGUCCAGAAAAGCAGCUCCUGGAGUGGUACUGGAGGAAUGAGAGCCCUUACUUGGACAAUUUCAACCUGAAAAAUGCUACAGAGCUUCACAUUUCCAAAAAAGGUCUCUACUUGAUCAAUCUGAAGAUGUCUUAUCGUAUAGCCUAUGGUCAGUGUCAAGAUAAUACUGACAAAAUAAUGACUUUAGAGGUCAACGUGACACAGGAGCACAGCAACUAUGAAGGGGAGAGAGUGAUUUUAAAGGGUAGUGAGUCGAUGCUUUGUAGCGAAUAUUGGCUGCAGUCGAUGACUUUGAGUCGACCGAUCAUGCUAGAAGACAACUCCAGUCUCAGGGUGAGAAUUAAAAAGGAUAAUUUCAAAUUUGUCAGCUGGUCUGAAACCACGUAUUUAGAUGUCACUUACCUCUAACUGCCAGAUGAUAAAGAUGCACAUUUUUAAGAAAUCGCAUAUUAAUCACCCACUAUUUAGAUGCUUAAAUAAAUGAGCAAAUUCAUUGAGAGGUUUACUCUCAUUCAUAAUUCUGAAAUUGUUAUUAAAUAACAUGAUAAUAAUCUGUUUUGUUUUUAUAUAAACUAUCUUUUUUGCUCUGCUAGCCAAAUUGGACCAAAAUGUUGGUACUGCCGUUGAAACGAUGUGCAUGUUUUACAUUAAAACUGUUUGAAUAUGCAUUUAUGUACUUUUUCAUUGAGAGAUGUUUAUUGUCAAUUGAUUUCAAAAAUCAGAUCUGUUCAUUUUACCUUUACAAUUGUGUAUUUCCGUAUUUCAGAAUGUAACAUCAUUUUAAUCAACUCACAAAUGUCCUUUCAGGUUAAAAU